GGUGAUAUAAAUAAAAAUGGAAUUUAGGGUUAAGUGGAAAAUGGCAGGAUUUUUGUGAGGGAUUUUGGUCCUGAUGUGUGUGAGUGAAGGGAGAUGUAGGAAGAUGUGAGGAGAGAAUGGAAAUAGAGGGGUGUUUGAGAGGUUUUUGGAAGAAGAACCUAUACCUGAGGAGGAAGAAGAGCCAUAUGAGCCAGCUGAACCAGCUGUGCCAGAAUGAUGGGAGUUAAGAGCUUGAGAUAAGUGACAAGCAUCAAAACAAGAAUGAGAAUGGACUAAUAAUCAAUGAGCCAGCGAAAUCGAAGAAUAUAUAUGGGAGGAGGAAGUAAACACAGAGACGAUGAUCGAGUACUGAGAAGGAGCAACAGGUGAAGAAAUAAACCUUGAUGAUAUUAAAGGAGAAACCAUAGAGUUAGCUUCAAAAGGAGAUGCAAGUGUUUUUGAGAGUCCUAUAUGUGAAUGGGAGUUUAAAAUAGACCCAGGCAAAACAGUGGAAUUAUUAAUAGAGAGAACCUCUGAAAUUUUCGAAAAUAUUGCGCUUGAGUAUACUUUUGCAACAGGAAGCUCGGAAACUAAAUCUAAUACAGAUCUUUUCACCUGAACUGAUCCCAAUUACUCGUUACAGGAUCUCGUUAAUGUCACUAAAUUUACGAUUAGGGUCAAAAGAUAUGAUACGGGCUCGAAAUACUCAAUGUUACUAUCUCAGACUGGUAAAGAUUUGACCUACCCAGCUGUAUUUACUCGGAACAAGGCUCUUGUAAAUUAUGUAGCUUUCCUCUUAAUGAUUCUUUUCUGUGUUCUUGUGGCAUCAAUGGUGACGUUUGCCUUUUGCAAAGGUAAUAUUUGCUUCAAAACAUCAGAGCAAAAAUAUCAUGCUUUACUAAAGAAAAUUGACGCUAAAAAUAAAUUAGAAAUUGAUAGCAUGAUGGAAAAUAUGGUUAAUGGAGAAUACAAAGAUCUUAAUAUUACAUAUGUUGAUAAACACUGAACUGUGUGAUUUGAUCCCUUUAAAAGAACACAUCAAGUUCAUCUAAUAAAUGAGUGACUCCAUUUAUUCCAUUCAGAUUGAUUAUCAACUUGGUUUGUGAUGAUUUCAAGGACUAGAAAGCUUGCUUGCCCACAAUGAGAUAUUAAAACCUCAAAUAAAAGCUUUAAGCCUAUCCAGUACAUGUCUAAGAACGAGAGCAAUGAACAUCUAUCUCAUAAAAUAAAUAUAGAUAGUAACCACAAUGUUUCAUCUUUCAGGCUAGAUGAAAAUAGUAGCAUUCCAGAUUCCCCAAUAGAGCCUUCCUUCUAUUCUACCAAAAACAGGACAAUCAAGACUGCUUAUGACGAGGGUCUCACAGAGAAAACCUUGUUCUAA